AAUACCGAGGGUUGACUAUUUGACCAGUCGCCUAAACGAAAUCAUCUUCAGUCGUUGGACACUCGUUGCAUCGAACGGACGUUUUAUCAUUUUUAUUUACUCAUUACCCCCCCACCCAGUACUCACCCCCAAUUGUCUCGGUAUUAUGACGACAAUUAUCCGUGUAGCUCUAAUUUUUAUCGCCUCAGGGGCCCACGUGAGCUUGCAGAGCCAGGAAUUAUCUUGGAGUUAUUUUGGAGGAACUGGGCCUGACCACUGGGGCCCGAUAUGCACAAACGGAAAGUAUCAGUCCCCGAUAGACAUAAUCCCGGAGGACACCAUCAAAGUCGACCUGGGAUCCCUCAAAUUCAUGCGAUACGAUUACGCGUACGAGGGAAAACUCCUGAAUAAUGGACACACGGUGCAAAUAACGCUGUCAGGUGUUCCUCUGCUGCUGAGUGGCGGAGGAUUGUCUUCAACAUAUCAACUCGAGCAGAUGCACUUCCACUGGGGUGCCGAGCACACCAUCGACGACCAUCGAGAUGCCCUGGAGCUGCACCUCGUGCAUUUUGAGAAAAAAUACGGCAAUGUCUCAACUGCUGCGCAUUACAAAAAUGGAGUUGUCGUUAUUGCUGUUCUAUUCAGG